AUGAUCUUUCUUACGGAUUAUUCGAUCUCAUACGAUAUUUCAACUUACUUCAGUUUGCUUUUCUUUCUUUCAUUCUUUUUUUCUUUCUUUCUUUCUUUCUUUCUUUCUUUUUCUAUUUUCUCUUUUUCUUUUCUUUCUUUCUUUUAUAUUUUCUCAUUCUUCCUCGUUUUUCUUCCUCUUUCUUUUUUUACUCAUUCUUUUUUCUUUCUUUCUUUUAUUUUUUCUUCGUUUUUCUUUUUUUUUUUUACUAUCUUUUCUUUCUUUCUUUUUAUUUUUUUCUUCUUCUCGUUUUUCUUUUCUUUUUUUUCAUUCUUUUUCUUUCUUUCUUUUUAUUUUCUCAUUCUUCCUCGUUUUUCUUUUUUCUUUUCUUUUCUUUUUCUUUUUCUUUCUUUUAUAUUUUCUCAUUCUUCCUCGUUUUUCUUCCUCUUUCUUUUUUACUCAUUCACUUUUUCUUUCUUUUCUUUUAUUUUUUUCUUUCUUUCUUUUCUUAUUUUUCUCAUUCUUUUUCUUUCUUUUUUUUUUCUCAUUCUUCCUCUUUCUUUCUUCUUUUCUUUCUUUUUUUCUUUCUUUCUUUCGCACUUUCUUCCUUGUUUUCCUUCCGCUUUCUUUUUCAGUCAUUCUUUCACUUUCCUGAUUUUCUUUCUUUUAUAUUUUUCUCUUCCCCCCCCCUCGUUUUUCUUCCUCUUUCUUGUUCACUUAUUAUUUCUCAUUCCUGACUUUCUUUCUUUCUUUCUUUCUUUCUUUCUUUCUUUCUUUCUUUCUUUCUUUUAUCCAUUUCAUUUUUCUUUCAUUUUUUUAUCCUUUUUCUCCUCACCUGCUAUCCUCUUCCGCCUCACCAACUAUCCUCAUCCGCCUCACCUGCCAUCCUCUUCCGCUUCACCUGCUAUCCUCUUCCCCCUCACCUGCUAUCCUCUUCCCCCUCACCUGCUAUCCUCUUCCGCCUCACCUGCUAUCCUCUGUCGUCUCACCUGCGAUCCUCUUCCGCCUCACCUGCUAUACUCAUCCGUUUCGCCUGCUAUCCGCUUCCACCUCCCUUCUAUCCUCUUCCGCCUCACCUGCUAUCCUCAUCCGUUUCGCCUGCUAUCCUCUUCCGCCUCACCUGCUAUCCUCAACCGUUUCGCCUGCUAUCCACUUCCACCUCCCUUCUAUCCUCUUCCGCCUCACCUGCUAUCCCCUGCCGUCUCACCUGCUAUCCUCUUCCGCCUCACCUGCCAUCCUCUUCCGCUUCACCUACCAUCCUCUUCUGUCUUAUCUGCUAUCCUCUUCCGCCUCACCUGCUAUCUUCUUCCGACAUUGUUCCGGUCAUCCAUUUUCUUAAUAAAUUUUGUCUUUCUUAUCUCUAAACUCAAACUCAUUCUUCUUCUAUCUCUUUUGUUACCCCUAAACCUCCGCCUUCCAUUUACUAUAUCUCCGUUCUGUUCAUAUCCAUCUAUUUAUCUUUCUUUCAAUCUUAUUCUGUUAAAACUCAUUUGUCUGUAUUUCUCUGUCUCAUUCUCUUUCUAUCUAUCUAUCUAUCUAUCUAUAUAUAUAUAUAUAUAUAUAUCCCAACCUGUUCAUAUCUAUCUAUCUAUCUAUCUAUCUAUCUAUCUAUCCCAACCUGUUCAUAUCUAUCUAUCUCUUUAUCUAUUCUUAUCUCUAUCUCAUCUAUCUGUGAUUUUCAUUAAUUAUCUAUCUAUCCGAAAGUCAGGGGCACCCAUUUAUUCAUAUCUAUCUAUCUAUCUAUCUGUCAUUUCAUUAAUUAUCUAUCUAUCGAUUUCAGUUUAUUCAUCUCGAUUUAUCUAUCUAUCUAUCUAUCUAUGUCAUUUCAUUAAUUAUCUAUCUAUCGAUUUCAGUUUAUUCAUCUCUAUCUAUCUAUCUAUCUAUCUAUCUAUCUAUCUAUCUAUCUGUCAUUUCAUUAAUUAUCUAUCUAUCGAUUUCAGUUUAUUCAUCUCUAUCUAUCGAUCUAUCUAUCUAUCUGUCAUUUCAUUAAUUAUCUAUCUAUCGAUUUCAGUUUAUUCAUCUCGAUUUAUCUAUCUAUCUAUCUAUCUAUCUAUCUAUGUCAUUAUCUUAUCUAUCUAUCUAUCCCAGUUCAGUUUACUCAUCUAUCUAUCUAUCUAUCUAUCCCAUCUAUUCUAUCUAUCUAUCUAUCUAUCUAUCUAUCUAUCCCAUCUAUCUAUUAUCCCAUCUAUUCUAUCUAUCUAUCUAUCUAUCCCUAUUCCUAUCUAUCUAUCUAUCUAUCUAUCUAUCUAUCUAUCUAUCUAUCUAUCUAUCUAUCUAUCCCAGUCAUUCCUAUCUAUCUAUCUAUCUAUCUAUUCACAUCCUCUCUCUGUCUGUAACUUUCAGCAUUGCGACCCUACCCAACGCCACAUCGCCCCCUCCCCACUACUCGCCCGAUGUUACGGUUCAAAAUUUCUCCUCGGAAGCUGCCGUUGCCGACAAGGCUUUCCCCAUUUCGAGAACCAUUUCGCGUUCUUGUCUUCUUUUACGACCCAAAGAUUUCUUAGAUUUCGCUUGGAAAAUAACUUCUUGAACCUCUCGCUGUUUUUUCCUCCCCGCCUCUCUCUCUCUCUCUCUCUCUCUCUCUCUCUCUCUCACACACACACACACACACACACACAAACUACUAUUUUUUCUUUAUUACCCUUCUUUUAUAUAUCAAACUAUCUCUGUCUGUUUCUAUCUAUCUAUCUAUCUAUCUAUCUAUCUAUCUAUCUAUCUCAGUCCUUUUCAUAUCUAUCUAUCUAUCUAUCUAUCUGUUUGGCUAUCUAUGAAGUUUUAAUACCGUUCUUAUAUCUAUCUAUCUAUCUAUCUAUCUAUCUAUCUAUCUAUGUGUUUGGCUAUCUAUCUCAGUUUGUACAUCUCUAUCAAAUAAUAAAUACAUAG